GGCUGUUUGGAGAGCGCUCAACUUUCACAGUGGGUGAAAGGCAAAGCCCAGUGCUUGGGCUGCAUCAUCUCAGACUGUGGGUAGGAACUCGCUUCCCCCAGACAACCCCUCCACACCCCAGCCUGCAUAUGGAAAACAGACACCAAGGAUCCUGCUGAAGUCUCGUGAGUUUCCAGCUGUGGGGAAACAUCCGUCCCCCUUGUUCGAAGGGUUCCGACAGCUGCCAUGAAGACAUUCUGGACACUCCUCUGCCUGUUGGUGUGCAGAAGCACGGACCUGGGAGGACAUCUCGUCCUGGCCUCGGGAAACUCAGCCCCGCAGGGUGACUCAGAGCGGAGCGCAAGCCUCGAAGGACAUGUCGAGAUGUCUCCAGAGCAGCUGCAGGAGCUGCUGUGGUUUUUCCGGACGGAUGAAAUGCCUGCGUGGAACUACAGCACUCUCGCCCUCUCGUUUAUGGUUCUGCUCAUAGGCGUUGUCCUCUUGGGAACGACAAUCAAGGCAAACAAAAACAGGAAAGCUACAUACCUGCAGGGAGACCAAAGCAAAGCGAGCCAGCUGACUGAUGCAGAAAUGAAGCAAGGUUUUGUGACUUUGAAGGAAAGUAGCAACUUAAAUAGUGCGGCCGAGCAUCUGGAUCCAAACCCACAGGACGAAGACCAGGUGCUGGUCCACUGGAAGGAUGGCACCACCACGAGCUUGUAUCCAGAGGUGUCUGAAGAAGACGUGUAACAACCAGCGUGAUAAUUUUCAUUGCAGUGGAAGAUGGCCAGGACUGCAGGACCACCUGCAGUUUUGGAAAUCAUGUCUCAAAGCGAUGCGUGUCAAGUGGAAGUGAGCAAACAGAAAAGCUGCAUCUGCCUUCAUAUUACACCUGUGAUAUGGAACCUACCAAGAUUCAAACAGUCUGUCUAAUUAUCA